AUGAAGAGUUCUAGUAUUCAUUUCUUCAAUUUUUCGGGACCCACCGUACAAAACCGGCUGAAUCGUCAAUACGACAUCGUGCCCUGGGUAAUGCUGAUCGGCUCGGCCUCGGGCAUCCUGUCGGAUCUUCUGGCGCAGCACACCCGACUCGUCACCACGGCCAAGGCCCGUAAGAGCCUCAAUUUUCUCGGCAGCGUCGUGCCCAUGGGCGUGGCGGCGGCCUAUUUCUUGCUGGUGCGCGACACUUUCGGCCGAAUCGAGUACGACGUCAACUGGGAGCAUCUGUCGCUGGGCCUGUCGGCGCUCACGAGCCUGCAGACCAGCGGCUUCCUCAUCAAUCACAUGGAUCUGAGCCCGUAUUACGCCGGUGUUCUCGUAGCCGUGACCGAGGCCGCCAAUCAGACCGUCACUUUCUUCACGAUCGUGGCGCUGAACUAUUGGGAAGUCAAUAAGUUCGAAAAGUUCAUAAAUAUUUGGCUCAGCGAUACAGGAUUACUGAUUUGGCUUGUCAUUACAGCUCUCUCUUAUUGGAGCAAUGUAAUUUUUAUAUUUUUUGGCCAAACGAGUAUACAAACCGACUGGAGUCCCAUUCCAAUGUCGUUGUAUCGCAUUAAAAAUAAAUUAAACGUCAAGUUUUGAGUAAAUAAUUAUGAAAAUCUUAUCAAACGUCGAUGAAACAUUACGG